AAUCAUCGUUGGAAUACCAAGCGAAAAUCAUGGAACGCUGGCAGAAUCGCGUGGCCGUCGUCACUGGCGCCAGCUCGGGCAUCGGAUCGGCCAUAGCCAAGGAUCUGGUGCUGGCCGGGAUGACGGUGGUGGGUCUGGCCCGUCGCGUGGACCGCGUCAAGGAGCUGCAGAAGGAACUGCCGGCGGAGAGGAGGGGCAAGCUUUUUGGCCUCCACUGUGACGUGGGCAAGGAGAGCUCCGUGAACGAGGCCUUCGAUUGGAUCAUCCAGAACCUGGGCGCCGUCGAUUUGCUGGUCAACAAUGCCGGCACCCUGCAAUCGGGCUAUCUGCUGGACAUGAAUCCGGCCGUAAUGCAGCAGGUCCUGCAGACGAACAUCAUGGGCAUCGUUCUGUGCACCCAGCGAGCGGUGCGUUCCAUGCGGGAGCGCAAGUUCGACGGCCAUGUGGUGCUCAUCAAUAGCAUUCUCGGGCACAAGACCAUGACGGCCACGGAGGGCGUGGCGCCCGACGUCAACAUCUAUCCGCCCAGCAAGCAUGCGGUCACGGCCCUGGCCGAAGGAUAUCGCCAGGAGUUCUUCGGCCUGGGCACCCGCAUCAAGAUUACGAGCGUCAGUCCGGGCGUGGUGGACACGGAGAUCCUGCCGGACAGCAUUAGGCAGGCCAUCAAGGACCGAAUGCUCCACUCCGAGGACAUCUCGCAGGGCGUGCUGUACGCCAUUGCCACCCCGCCACAUGUCCAGGUGCACGAGCUGACCAUCAAGCCCAUUGGGGAGACCAUGUAGGCAGCUCCAGGAGCUUUGAAUUUUUUUUCUAAUUCCUAUUUAUGUUAACCGAGGCAGAAAAUACGAAGCACCGUAUGCACCAUUUUCGUAAACAAUUGAAUUCAUAAUUUAUGUAUUAUAUAUAUUUACGUUACAAUAAAAAUGU